GGGACAAGGCAGGGGACCUAGAAAUUGGUUUGGCAUUGCGCCAGAGUCAGCCUGCUAAAGUCAUUGCUCAGAAAAAUGGGGAACUAGUGCUCAAUUGUACUGUAGAAUAUAAUACUGACCUUGGCGAACUGACCCUGAACUGGACAAAAGAUGGAGCCCCAGUUGUGUAUGACCGCCGGGUCCAGAAAUUAGAAAAUGGUUCAUUGUUUAUAAGGAGAAUUAUACACCGCCCAAGAAAGAAUUGGACUGAUGAAGGGCGGUACAAAUGCUUCGGAACUAUAAAGAAAGGAAGUGAAAAUGUUGGACGGGUCAUUGCACGGGAUGUUCUCGUGCAAGCUUCAGGGAUGGAGAAGAAGUUCAUUAUAGAGCCUCAGCCACAGACCGUGCCUAUUGGCGGUGUAGCCAGGUUCCAGUGCCAAAUUCAGGCCAUUCCACCGGCCAUGUACGAAUGGCAGCGCGAUAAAACUGUUCUACCUCAAAAUGAUAGGUAUUUAGUAUUAAACUCAGGUAUAUUACAAAUCACGGGUGUCAUAGAAACAGAUGCGGGUGUCUAUAGAUGUUACGCUACUCAGGGUCUACUGCACGAAUUACCAGGUCAUGAUAUUGAUGUCAAAUACAGCGAAGAAGCGGAAUUAACAGUCGUACCGGAUCGUGUCGGCAAGGAGAUCAAGAUAUUCUCAAGUACGAAGAAUACGACAGUACUUGUAAGAAAACCGGCGCUUCUUGAAUGCCUCGUUCAGGGUUAUACUGGUAAAGUUGAAUGGAGGAAGGGGGACAACA